AUGGAUGUAUCACAUAGGGUAAAUGUAGCUUGGCUGAGAUGGAGGUCGCUCUCGGGGGUGCUCUGUGACCGCCGUGUGCCGAUAAAGACUAAAGGCAAGGUCUACAAAACAGCUGUGAGACCUGCUAUGGUGUAUGGUGCAGAAUGCUGGACGAUCAAACAAGCGCAUGAACAAAAACUCCAUGUCAAUGAGAUGAAGAUGCUGAGGUGGGCGGCCGGUGUGACGAGACUCGAUAAAGUACGUAACGAACACAUCAGAGGAAGCUACAAGGUCGCCCCCAUCACCGACAAGAUUCAAGAAUCUCGCUUGAGAUGGUACGGGCAUAUCAUGAGACGCGACGAAGACCAUGUCGUGAGGAAAGCCCUUGCAUUACCGAAUAAUAAGAGAGGCAGAGGUCGCCCGCCUGCUACGUGGUGGUCCACCAUAUCAAUGGAUUUGAAACAGACCCAGUUGAACAAAGAGACAACCCAGGAUCGCCCGACCUGGCGCUUGAGAACGAGGAGGGCCGACCCCAAAUAA